UCAGGGACAUCCUGCAGGAGAAAGGUUUGCUGGAGGAUUUCCUGAAGAGAAACCACUAUAACCCUUAUUCCAAAUACCAGGACUUUGCCCAGACCGCAAACGAGCCCAUGGUCAACUACAUGGAUAUGUCCUACUUUGGAGUCAUCUCCAUUGGAACCCCACCCCAGUCCUUCAAGGUCAUCUUUGACACUGGAUCUUCCAACCUCUGGGUGCCCUCUGUCUAUUGCAACAGCUAUGCCUGCACAAACCACAAGAAAUAUGACCCAUCUGCUUCCUCCACCUACCAUGCUACCAACCAGUACAUCUCCAUCCAGUAUGGCACUGGCAGCAUGACUGGCUUCCUGGCUUAUGACACAGUAAAUGUGGCUGGCAUCAGUGACCCAAACCAGAUUUUUGCUCUGAGCACAACUGAGCCUGGCAGUUUCCUGUAUUACGCCCAAUUCGACGGCAUCCUGGGCCUGGCGUUCCCCUCCAUGGCCUCCGGGAAAGCCACCCCCGUGUUCGACAACAUGAUGAACCAGGGGCUGUUGUCUCAGGACCUGUUCUCCUUCUACCUGAGCCCCAACAGCCAGUCCGGCAGUGUGGUGACCUUCGGUGGGAUUGACGAGUCCUACUUCACUGGCAACAUCAACUGGGUUCCUCUCACCUCUGAGACCUACUGGCAGAUCAAAGUGGACUACAUUCAGGUGAAUGGCCAGACUGUGGCUUGUGCCCAGAGCUGCCAGGCCAUCGUUGACACUGGCACCUCCCUCAUCGCCGGACCCUCUGGCUCCAUAGCCACCAUCCAGAGUGCUGUUGGUGCCUCCACUGGCAUCAGCUGCCAGAAUGUGCCCAGCAUGCCUGACGUUAUCAUUGGCAUCAACGGAGUUCAAUACACCCUGCCGCCUUCUGCCUACAUUCUGGAGAGCUACGGUGGCCAGCAAUGUUCUAGUGGCUUCCAGGCUAUGAACAUCCCGACUAACGCUGGAGAUCUCUGGAUCCUGGGCGAUGUGUUCAUCAGGCAGUACUACUCCAUCUUCGACAGGACCAACAACAUGGUUGGGCUGGCCAAGUCUAUUUAAACCAGUCCUCUUCCCACUCUUUGAAUGACCACAUCCCCCCCCUGGAGCCAGCUUUUUCAGGGAAUGACUUGGUGAGGUGGCAACAGUGUUCCCUGGCAACGUCUGAAGAAGGCUGCCUGCACGUCCUUUCCAAACAGUGUACUAAAGUCCUCACCUUCAAGUGCUCUACUGUACAGCUAGUGUUAAGAUGUAUUAUUAAAUAAAAUCAGUACAAAUAAAUAAAGCUCAGUGUGUUUGUGUGACUUGUGUGAAGAACAUCCUUAUAAAAACAAACCCUAAUGCCUUACUCUUACUUAGAGCAUUUUACAGCACAAGGAAAUCACCCUGGAUUCCAUCACUCACCAAUCCGUGGUUAUCCUGGUGCUGACAAAUGCUCUAACACGUUGUGGGUUAUCCUGGCUAGGGUAUAGCUUGACCAAAUCAGCUCCUAAUGGGUGGUUGAUCCCAGACCUUUUGAAAAAAUGUGGCCCUCAGGCAUCUGAAUGCAGAGUCCAGGUACACCUGUCACCGUUAAAGAUCUUCAAUGUCAUCGUUCUGUACUCAGGGGGGAAAUGGCAGUAAAAGGGCAGCUUCAAUUAUAUGAGGCGUAACUGGUCAAAUAAUACCACAGGUUUUGACGUGCAGUAUCCAUAACAUGAACCAAUGCACAGUAUCUAGUAUCAGUGUAUUGAUGUAUAUUGAUGUAUCAGGUCCAUUGUUGUAAAUCCAUUGGGCUGCCAUUGCUAAUAAUGUUAUGGUCAUCUAAUGGUUCUGCCCACAUUUAUUUAAGAGUAAUACACUGACAUUAUAAUGCUAUCCCCAGUGAAAUCUUCUACACUUUUAUAUAA